AUGUCCUUCGAGGAUUCUCCGCGGCCACCGCGAAACCCGCCGCCGACGAAGAUACGACCGCAAGCGGCCACCGUUCGGCGGCUGCAGGCGGUGAAGCAGGAGGUUCCCGAGCCGAGUCGCUCCUCGAAGGAUCCGGACCGCCAGGCCAAGAUCAAGGCUCUCGCUGCCCAAAUCCGGGCGAAGGCGCGGCGCGCUGCUGAGGAGGAAGAUGCGGAAGUGGAGCCUGAGGAGGCACCGCGCAUGCCGCCGGAUGAGCAGGACACCGCCCGACUCGAAGGCAUGAUCCAAGGCUUAGAUCAGAAGGUGGCCCACACCGAGGACGAAAUCGAGCGCAUCGGCAUCCUCGCGGCGCCGUUGUCCAUGGAGGUCACCGAAGACAUCAAGGAGCUGCAGGCCAAUGCCAUCCGCGACACCGAGCGUGCUGUAAGAGCCGCGAAGUUGAACUUCGACUCGGCUCUUCGCGACGUGGAUCGCGCCGAGCGGGAGGUUGCUGCGCUUGCUGCGCCGGACCAGGCACAGUUUUCCGCUUCCCUGGUGCAGUUGAAAGAGCGGCUGCAGGAGGCUCAGGGGAAGCUGGAGGACCACAAGAAUGUCCGCCGAGAUUACGAGCAAGCGGCCCAGGCUGGCAAGGCCUUCGGCGACCUGGCGAGCCGGCUAUCGACGGUGGAGAUGGAUUGUGACAAGGCCGCGAUCAUGGCGGAGCCGGUCGCGAAGACACUGGACACCAACCCGCAGACCGUUCCUUGCGGCACAAUGGCCGGGCGUCGUGGAGCCCGCAGCUCGGCAUCUGGGACGGACGAUCUCAACUACCAGACUCUCGAGGGGAACAUCGACGAGGGGACGUUCUGGGACGGUCCUCUUCUGGUGGCCUAUGGGAUCGAAGAGAUGUACAACACGACCGGUCAGAAGGGCCACUCGUGUAUGCCGGCCUGGUUGAAAAGGCGGUGGUAUGAGGUCAACGGAACACAGGUGUCCAUCGACAUUCGUGGGAUGUGGCCCAGCGAUACCCAAGCACGGGCGGAGGGUGUCGAAGGCAACCCGUUGACGACGUUCGCGGUGUUCGAGGGGCCGUACAACCAGACGGAGUUCGCACCUUGCUUCCGGGUUCUCGCGAAGAUGCUUCAGGCCAUGAAGGAGAUCGAAGGUUCGCAUGGACGGGUCCGGUCGGCCAGUCUCGUGGUGGGCCUCUCGGCCCUCUAUGGCGUCCCCCUUUGGCUGCCGUCGUUCGGCGACGUGUCGAACGAGUGGUGGGCCAUCGGGAGUCUGCCGGAGACGGUCGUCACUCAGCUCCGUAUCUAUGCGAGCGAUCGUGUGGCCGCUCCUCAGACACCGCCUGGACCGCCGCCGGGGGCGGCCGGGCCGCCCGAUCCCGCGAAUGCGGCCGCUCCUGGUCGUCCGCAAUAUCGCGGGACGUUCGGGGCGGCCGAGGCACAGAUUGCCAUGCCCGCCACGGGCAACGAGAUUUUGGAUGCCGUGCCUUGGCUCAAUAAUAAUUAA